AUGCCAGGACAAGUUAUCGAUCGGCCAAAUCCAGAGUCAUUGCCCUCGAAUCUGCCAGAAUGUGUAGCAGAGUUACAAGUCGCAAUUUCUCGUCAGACUCUAGAUGAGAAGACCUGCGAUGCAUUGCUUAAAUUCCGCAGAGCAGCAUCCUACAUCGCUGCGGCGAUGAUUUUCCUGCAGCAAAACACUUUGAUGGAAAGAGAUCUGAUAUUUCAUGAUAUCAAGCCACGAUUAUUAGGUCACUGGGGAACGUGUCCGGGACUUAUCCUAGUCUAUUCCCAUCUCAAUUAUCUUAUUCGAACCAAGGACCUUGACAUGCUUUAUGUGGUUGGCCCGGGACAUGGCGCACCCGCUCUUCUCGCAACGCUAUGGCUAGAGGGCUCGCUGGAGAAGUUCUAUCCAGAAUACACCCGUGACGGUGCUGGUCUCCAUCGUUUGAUUUCAACCUUCAGUACCACCACUGGAUUCCCUAGCCAUAUCAACGCCCAGACUCCGGGUGCAAUCCACGAGGGUGGAGAGCUGGGAUACGCCUUGUCCGUAUCAUUCGGUGCGGUUAUGGACAGCCCAGAUCUCAUUGUGACUUGCAUAGUCGGAGAUGGAGAGGCGGAAACGGGUCCAACUGCUACCUCGUGGCACGGAAUCAAGUUCAUUGACCCCAAAGAGUCUGGUGCCGUCCUUCCAAUUCUUCAUCUCAAUGGCUUCAAGAUCAGCGAGCGUACCAUUUUUGGCUGCAUGGAUCACAAGGAGCUCUCUACGUUGUUUAGUGGAUACGGCUACCAGGUUCGUUUCGUCGAAGACCUCGACGAUAUCGAUACCGAUCUCCACUACUCGAUGGCAUGGGCUGUGGAUGAGAUUCACAAAAUCCAGAAUGCAGCCCGCUCUGGCAAUCCAAUUCUCAAGCCUAGAUGGCCAAUGCUGAUUCUACGGACGCCCAAGGGCUGGUCCGGACCGAAGCAACUGCAUGGCGAAUAUAUCGAAGGCUCUUUUAAUUCACAUCAAGUGCCAUUGCCAAAGGCGAAGACUGACGGGGAGCAACUGGAACUUCUUCAGAACUGGCUUGCGGGCUACAAGCCCAAGGAACUCUUCACCGAGAAUGGAGAUAUCAUCGACGAAAUCAAGUCUGUGAUUCCAGAGAACAACGAGAAGAAGCUGGGUCAGCGCAUUGAAGCAUACGGCAAAUACAAGCCACCUUCUCUACCAGAUUGGACAAAUUUCUGUGCAAAUGAAGGAGGCCAGGAAAGUGCCAUGAAGGCGAUUGGUCGAUUCCUCAAAAGUGUUAUCAGGGAGAAUCCCGACACGGUGCGGCUGUUUAGUCCCGACGAACUCGAAAGCAAUAAGCUGGAUGCGGUGUUUGAGACCACCAGUCGGAACUUCCAGUGGGAUCAAUUCUCCAAUGAUCGUGGAGGCCGUGUCAUCGAGGUGCUGAGUGAACAUUUAUGUCAGGGCUUCAUGCAGGGGUAUACUUUGACUGGCCGGGUGGGGAUCUUCCCAUCAUAUGAGAGCUUCCUUGGAAUCAUCCACACCAUGAUGGUGCAGUAUGCCAAAUUCAUCAAGAUGGCUCGCGAAACCAAAUGGCACUGUGCCGUUAGCAGUCUCAAUUACAUUGAAACCAGCACCUGGGCUCGCCAAGAUCAUAAUGGAUUCUCCCACCAGAAUCCAUCAUUCAUUGGAUCCGUGUUGAAGCUCAAGCCUUACGCAGCCCGAGUGUAUCUCCCACCAGACGCAAACACGUUCUUGACAACCAUGCAUCACUGCUUAAGGUCAAGGAACUACGUCAACCUUAUGGUAGGCGCGAAGCAGCCAACCCCAGUGUAUCUGAACCCGGAAGAAGCAGAAAAUCAUUGUCGUGCCGGUGCCUCGGUCUUCAAAUUCUGCAGCACUGGCGAUGGCCUAGAUCCGGACGUGGUCCUGGUAGGUAUCGGCGUCGAAGUGAUGUUCGAAGUGAUCCAAGCCGCGGUGAUUCUGCGCGAGCGCGCACCAGCCCUGCGCGUGCGUGUGGUAAACGUGACUGAUUUACUCAUCCUCGAGAACGCGGGCCAACAUCCGCACGCCUUGACGACUGAAGAAUUCGAUAAUCUGCUCACGGCUGAUAAAUCCAUCCACUUCAACUACCAUGGUUAUCCGAUGGAAUUACAGGGCUUGCUUUUCGGUCGUCCGCGUCUCGACCGUGUCUCCAUUGCCGGUUACAUGGAGGAAGGAAGUACGACGACACCCUUCGAUAUGAUGCUCGUCAAUCGUACCUCCCGCUUCCAUGUUGCGCAGGCUGCUGUUCGGGGUGCUGCGAAGCGUAAUGAGAGAGUCCGGAUCCAUCAGCAGGAGCUCAACUCUGAGUUGGGCCACAAUAUUGUGGAGACGAGGAAGUACAUCAUCGCUAACGGCGAAGGUAAGAAGAAUUAUGUUGCCCCUCAAGAUAUACCGAGUGCGGUGCAGUGCUGA